AUGUCGGAUGCGCUGCCCGAUUCCUCAACCCACCUUGAACCACCAACAGCUUCAGACAGCGACGAGGAACACUUUUCAGAUGCCAGCGAAGGCCACUCGAAUCUGCAAACAAAAAGCCCACAGUCUGGUCGUGCUUCCCCUGUCCCACGAACUCGAGUAGAGCGGGUCGACGACAGCGCCCAACACGGCGAAGUGCCCGGCACAGAAGCAUACGAGAAACGGGGACAAGAUGCAGUUCCCGACGAAAUUGAAGUGGUCCCAGAAGGUUCACACAGCAGGGAUCCUUCCCCAGCGGGGUCGCAGGACCGACCCUUCACCCCAGGCGGCUCGCCAAUCCCGCGAACGGUGGUUGAAAAAGUAGAUCUAGAAUCGCCUAGCUAUGGCGAGGUCCCUGGUACCGAAGCAUAUGAAAAGCGCCAGGCAGAUGCCGCGCCUGAUGUCGUGACCACGGCCCCCGCCGACUUGGACAGCGUUCUCCCACCACCAGCGGUAGAUCGGGAAUCCCCAGACUCCAUAACGUCCAAUGCCUCCAAUCAAUCCAUUCCUGAGACGCGACUUUCUCGAGUGGACACUAUACCUCCUGAAGAUGAGCUGCCAUCACGACCACGUGCUCAUCAAAGAUCGCCGAGCGAUGCAAUGCCCGAUACGGUGGAAACCAUAAUUGAUAGUCCUCCACCGGAUCACGCUGGGGAAGACCAGACGUUUGAAGAGGCAAAUGACGACGACGACUUUGGAGACGACUUUGACGAAUUUGUGGAGGAGCAGGGUGGCAUGGGUGAUGAUGAGUUUGGCGACUUUGACGACUUUGAGGAUGGCUUUCAAGAACCCGAGGUUGUUGAGGACACCGCUGGCAGCACCAUCCCUCAACAACCUCAAGUAUCUAUAUCAGUCCCUCCUCUCAUCGACUUUGACAACUUCAAAUCCACCUCCGAACUUCUCGCAGCCCUCCAAGGCACUCUCGACGACCUUCUCCCCGCUGCCCAAGACCUCAGCUCCCUCCCACCCGUCGAACCCAUCCCCGACUCCUCAGCCAUUUUCAGCACAGAGCGCAGUCUCUCCCUAUGGUCACAGCUCGUAGCGCCGCCACCCCUCCAACCCCAAAAUUGGGUCAAAUCCCGCAUCCGCCGACUCUUCCUCGUCUCCCUGGGUGUCCCCGUCGACCUAGACGAGAUCCUACCAGCAUCCAAACAGAAGAAACUCAUUCUCCCCUCCAUCGACCUCGACAACUCGGGAACCACCACCCCAUCCCACAACCAAGCCCGCAAAGAGGGCGACGACACAGCCGCGACAGGGCAGGCCCCUACUCGCUCGAAAACUGCCCGUCGCGGCGCAGCCCCGCCCCCCGAAUUAGAUCUCUCUGCAGUCCGUCGGCUGUGCGCGACCACGGACGCCGCGCUCAGCGGUCUGACGGAUACAGAGUUGGCACAGCACGUCUCCGAGUUGGAGAAGGUCACCUUGCGCGCCAGUGCGUUAUUGGAGUACUGGUUGAAGCGCCGGCAUGGCCUGGUUAGUGAGAAAGAGGCGUUCGAGGGGGUCAUUGAGAACCUUGUCAGUCAUGUUCGGCGAGUCAGGAAGUGA